UUCACAACAACUGGAGUGGUGGCUGGCAGGGAGAAAUAUGCAGAAUUACUGCUCUGCAUGAUACUUCCAAGAUAAAGAGAGAAGAAAACCAGGUUGUCAGCUUUUGCAGUGCUGAAAAGGACUGGUGUUAACAGCUUGAUUGGGUGAAUGCAAAGAGGGGAGAAGAGUAAGGAAUAAUAUUAUGUUGCCAUUAAAGAGGCAGCAAGAGUUUGCUUUCCUAAAACAUAAAGGCAGAGAGAUGGAAGCACCAAACAUCCUCCCGCAGCCCAGCAAGUGGCAGGAAAAGGAAGUCGGUCAUGUAGACAAGCAGAGUGGUUCCUCUGCCACCACUUCCUUGGAUGCGCAGCCCCUGCUGCAACCAGGACCUGAGGGGAAUUACAACUGUUAUGUGGAUGAUGAAGAUGAGGAAGAUGAAGACAAGGAAGAAGGAAAAUGGCGACAUGAAGGUGCAUUUAAGGGAGAAAGCAGGGCCUCAUCAUUUAUUCCUUGUUCCCCUGCUCUUUCCUCUAGAGCCACAGCCACAGCAACAACUCCAUCCAUGCUGAACAUCAAUGUUGGUGGCCAAAGCUACCGCCUCACCUACCAGGCAGUGGCCAUCUAUCCCAAGACCCGCCUGGGCCGCCUGGCUACCUCCACUGACCGUCGUUGCCAGCUGGGCCUGUGUGAUGACUACGCUGCCCAGGUUGAUGAGUAUUUCUUUGACCGGGACCCAGCUGUCUUCCAGCUGGUGUACAAUUUCUAUGCCUCGGGGGUGCUGCGGGUGAGGGACGAGCUGUGCCCCCGUAGCUUCCUGGAGGAGCUGAGCUACUGGGGAGUGCGUCUCAAAUACACACCCCGCUGCUGCCGCAUCUGCUUCGAGGAGCGCCGGGACGAGCUGAGUGAGCAGCUGAAGGUCCAGCGGGAGCUGCGUUCCCAGGCAGAGGCUGAGGAGAAUGAGCAGCUCUUCCACCACAUGCGCUACUACGGUCCCCAGCGCUGGCGCCUCUGGAACCUCAUGGAGAAGCCCUUCUCCUCUGUCACUGCCAAAGUGAUGGCAGUGGCCUCCAGUUUCUUCGUGCUCAUCUCUGUGGUGGCCCUGGCACUGAACACAGUAGAGGAGAUGCAGCAGGUAGACUGGAAGAGUGGGGAUAGCCGGCCUGUCUUGGAGCACGUGGAGACCUUGUGCAUUGCAUUCUUCACACUGGAGUACCUGCUGCGCCUGGUCUCUACCCCAGACCUGCGCCGCUUUGCCAGCAGUGCCCUCAAUGCGGUAGACCUCAUUGCCAUCCUGCCCCUCUAUCUGCAGCUGCUGCUUGAAUGCUUUACUGAUGAUGACCAGCCCCGGGGUCGGGGCUCCCAACACGAGCAUGAUAUCGAAAAGGUGGGACGGGUGAGCAAGGUAGGACAAGUGCUUCGCAUCAUGCGCCUCAUGCGCAUCUUCCGCAUCCUCAAGCUGGCCCGCCACUCCACAGGCCUGCGUGCCUUUGGCUUUACCUUGCGCCAGUGCUACCAGCAGGUGGGCUGCCUUUUGCUCUUCAUUGCUAUGGGGAUCUUUGCCUUCUCUGCCAUGGUCUACACAGUGGAGCAUGAUGUCUCCAGUACCAACUUCACCAGCAUUCCCCAUGCUUGGUGGUGGGCUGCUGUCAGCAUCUCUACAGUGGGAUAUGGAGAUAUGUGUCCAGAAACUCACCUUGGACGCCUGUUUGCUUUCCUUUGCAUUGCUUUUGGAAUAAUCCUGAAUGGCAUGCCCAUCUCCAUCCUCUACAAUAAAUUCUCAGACUAUUACAGCAAGCUGAAGGCCUAUGAGUACACAGCUCUCAAGAAAGAAAGAGGGAAGGUCGACUUCACACGGAGAGCCAUGAAGAAAAUAUCUGAGUGCUGCAGAGAAGGUGCAUCCCAUCCCUUGUCGCAGCAAUGACAACUUGUGCUUUGGAUAUUGGGAGGCAACCAAGAAGCUGGAGGAGAAAGUGGAAAAACAAAUCAGCAAAAAGAUAAAAAGGGUCUAAAGUAACAAAAGUAGAUGGUGAAAUCUGUUUUGAAGGGGGUUGUUUUCAAGACUAAAAAGGCUCAGAUUAAAACAACAGGUUUUUUAAACUCUUGAUAGCCUUUGAGCAGCUCUUAAGUGUUCAUCAACUCUCUGAAAUUAUUUCCUUCAUAUUAAACACUCUGAAUAAGUCCCACAUGAAGACCUAACCCCCUGCUUCUAAUUAGAUUGACAAUAAAGACCCACCAUAGUUGUAGUAAUGGAAAACAAAUUGCUGUCAUUAAGGGUCAGCCACCUUACCUCUAUCAAGGCAGAGUCAAAAAUCAAACAAAUAGAAUACCCAGUAUACUGACUGCAUUACUUAAAUUGGUUUUGCAUCAGCUUUCAGAUAGAGGAAAACGGCCCAGACCACUUACCUAAAUAUUAGCAGCAGCUACUCCUUAAAAUGUCAGCCUCUGUUUCCAUUGCUAGACAGCUAUGCUUCAUUGUUUCAAUUUUAUUUUUCAAAUGCAGCCCUGAAAAUGAGCCCUCCUAUUUUCAUGCCUAGUCAAGAAAUGCACUGCUUUUAGCAUUUCCCACCAUCCCACCUCUAUAAUCAUCUUUCAGUAUGACAAGUAAAAGUGAAGAAUUAUGGAGUCUGAGUUGAUAAAUCUCAUUGAUCAAAUCUGAAAACAUUUCCAAACUCAAUCCUUUUUAGGUAUAGGAUUAAGUGAUAAUUUAUUUUCCAGUAUUUAAUGUGUCCACUACUACUUGGAUUGUUAGAAUAAUAGACCUGUCAAGGAACGUAAGUAUUAAAGCAGAAUUUAAAAAAUAAUCAAAGGAAAUAUGUAAUGGGUAGUAAACCUAAAGACUAUUUGUACAAAGGAUCUUAUCAGCACUUAACUGUAACCAAUUUUAAAUAUAAUUUAAAAUCAAGAUAAUUUUUCUAGUACAUACAGCCAUUAGGGACACAAUCCUGACACCUUAGCUCACCCCCAGGAAUAUUUUAUGCCCUAAGAUGUGUGUGUCUUUUU